AUGGGGAUGGAAACGAUCCGCAGGGGCGCCUCGACGGGCUCCGUGUCCGUAAUGUGCUUUGGGCAUCCUUUGCUUGACAUGAUGGCGACUGUUGAAGAGGAGUUUCUGCGGGAGCAUCACGUUGAGCCAGGGAGCGUCACAUUGGCGACUCCGGAGCAGCUGGUGCUUUUCUCGAAGUUGCUGGACGACUUCAAAGGGAGGGUGGACUACGUCCCUGGUGGAGCCGCUAUGAACACAGCUCGCAUUUUUGCUUGGAUGCUACCUGAGGCGCACAUUUCCUACGUCGGCGCACUGGGCAAGGAUCGCUUUGCAGAAAUUCUGAAGAGUGCGCUCACGGACGCUAGUGUUGAGCAGCUUUUUGAGGAGUGCGAAGAUAAGCCGACAGGCGCCUGUGCUGGUCUCGUGCUCAACAAGGAUCGAACAUUGCUCGCCAACCUCGGCGCAGCCGUGACGCUAUCGAUGAAGCACAUGCAGACGCACGCCGUGCAGUCUGCGCUUGAGCAAGCCAGUUUGUACUACGCUGAGGGCUUCUUCCUCAACACUUCAUCAAGCCCUGACAAUCUCCUCUCUGUUGCCCAGUAUGCCCACCUGCACGGCAAGCUCUUCUGCUUUAACCUGAAUGCGCCGUACAUUAGUAUGGCUUUUCAGAGCCGCCUACACAUCCUCAUGCCACAUGUGGAUAUCCUAUUCGGCAGCGACGAAGAUCUGCUGACGUACGCCUCCGUACGGUGGCCACACGACUUUGACCUGAGCGCCAUUGGGAGUGUCAUGCGCCCUAACUCGCGGCGACAGAGGGCACUGGUACGGUCUCUCGCCCGCAUCUCAAUGCUGCCGAGUGUCACCACCGGUCGGCCGCGCCUCGUGGUGGGGACGUGCGGCUCGCACGACACGUACGUCGCUUGCGGCGAUCACGUCCGUUCCUAUCCAGUGCCACCGCUAGCGCAGGAGGAGAUAGUCGACGUGAACGGCGCUGGUGACGCGUUCGUGGCCGGCUUCCUUGCUCAGUACCUCAUGAACCAUGACGAGUCUACCAGUGUCGUGGUCGGUCAUGCUUCGGCACAGAACUGCAUCCGCCAUAACGGUGCAGUGGUUAGUGGCGUGCCUCCUGUGCUCGCGCACGAAAUCAACGCAACGACAGCGCCUGUCAUGGCCGCGAUUGCCGCUUAA